AUGGCUCUCCCCGACUGGAUCUCGUACACCAGCCCUGUCUCUACCUCUCCCAACCCUUCCCACCCCUCGGCACCAAUCCAUGUAUCCUACGGUCUGCACCGUCGCUGCUCCUCCCUUACCUCUGGCUGCACACCCUUCCCAGUCCCUGAAGACUGCCAUGGCGAAGACCGAUACUUCUGUUCCAUGUGGAGAAGCGUAGGCUUUCUGAUGAACUUCUCCGUCGUCCUGGAAUUGGCAACCUUUGUCGCUUUUGCCGUUGUGCUGUUGGGAGGAAGAAGCAACAGAGAAGGAGGCUGGAAGAUGUGUGCAGGUCUGUUGGGUGUUGUGGUUGUUUGCCAGGUUGCUGCCAUGGGCAUUGUGGUAAGUUCUUGA